GCAAAAUGGCAAUACGAUUUUGGCUAGAGAUGAGAGAUCGGAAAGACUGUUCACAUUAACUGGUGAAGUGACGGGAUCAGUAUUGUGUUUUUGUUGAUAACAGAUGAAAAAGGAAGAGAUUAGUGAUAUAAAUGAAAUAAGACUCUGCUUGCAUCAAGAUGGCUGAUGAAACACAUAAUGGUACCCAACCCAAGCUGAAGCCAGAGAAGACAACCGUGAGAGCUCAUAAUUUCAAAGGGGGGGAUGCAAACCUUGCAUCUGUGCCAUGGAACAUACAGAAUACGGAAAGGAAGAAACACAAUAAGCGGAAUAAGAAAAAGAAAGCAUCAGUAGUAACUGUUGAUUUAGGAGCAGCUGUUCCACAGGAGGUUAAACAGUCCAAGUCAGCGUCAGAAAAUCAGUUAAAGUCGGCAUCAGAAAAUCAGUCCAAGUCAGCAGCAGAAAAUCAGUCAAGGUCAACAACACAAAAUGAUGCACUGCCACCACCAGCAACUCCUGACUUGAAUCCACAAGAGAAAUAUAUGCUUGAGAAAAACUACGUAAUUGUUCUGGACAAAAAAUCUGCAAAAAGUCCUAAAGCACCGUUCCAUUGCAAGUUAUGCAAGUAUCACUGUGACAACAUGGCUGUCGUAAAAAAACACAUCAUCAGUAAACAUCAUUGCAAAGCAAUGGAGGGAGAAGCUGAGAGGGUUACGAUGCUAAACUUGCCUCCACUGACUCCAGAACAGCUGCAGUAUCUUGAUAGGAUUCUUAAGGAAGAAGUUGGACUGCAUGGUCUAAGCGACGGCGAUAUACUUGCUCGGCGGAAUAUCGCAACCGUUCUUUCAAACUCUAUUGCAGAGGCAAUGCCUGGCUUCACAGUAAGGUUAUAUGGCUCGUCAGCUUCAGGAUUUGGACUAAAGAAAUCAGAUGUGAACUUGGAAUUGUGUGUUCCUCCUGAAAAAAGCCCUUCUAAAGGAUUGACAGAUGCAAGUAAUAUCAUUGCCAUCCAGGCGUAUUACAGGAAUGUUGAACGUGACUUUACCGCAAAAAUUCCAGCUGUACAAUUCAUUGACAUUGGUACAAACCUGCCUUGUACUCUGAUUCUCUGCAAUAAUCAUUCAUACAAGGUAGCCGAGCUUUUUUCAAAAUAUGCAUCAAUAGAUGAACGUGUUCAAGCGCUGGGAGUUGCAUUCCGUCUCUGGGCUCAGCGCUGCAGGCUCGAUAGUGCCGAAGCUGGCAUGUGGCCACCGUACGUGUUCCCGCUGUUGCUCAUAUACUUCCUUCAACAACUUAGAGACCCAGUUUUACCAGUAUUACACGAACUUGUAGACACCGCAGAUGUUGAGAAUGCAUCUGAUAUCUAUUUAGAUCCCGGAAACCUUGAACAAAAAUGGAAGUCUGUGAAUACUAUGUCUUUGGGUGAGCUGUGGCUGGAAAUGUUCCGGUUUUAUGCGUUGGACUUUGACAUCUCUGGAAGGAUCAUUUGCGUACAACAGUCGAGCCCUCUGCUACGAAGUGGCAACAUGAAGACUUGGGCUGGAAAGAAAAUUGCAGUAAGAGAUCCUUUCCUGCCUAAACGGAAUGUGACGCGAAGCAUGUCGGCACCAGUGAGCUUUACGUACUGCAUAAGUUGUUUCCGAAACACGUACAAGUACUUCGGAAUUCUUCGUACGAAAGACGGGCCCAUUUUUGAUUUGAUAUCUGUGGACGUACCGAAAGAAUUGUCACCGAAUAAAGAAACUGCUGCUGCAGAUAAGGUUAUCGUGAACAAGAAUGACAGUCAUCAAAGUUUCAGCAAAAAUGAUGGUACCGUCAUGACUGUGUCUGAGCUGGAAGAGAAACUUAAGAAUGCCUCACUCGGAAACUAUAAAAGUGGAGACAGUUUGGUGUCAGUUUCACUUCAAAAAGCACAGGAGAUAUUUUCUUCUUUCAACAGCGCAUAUCUGCAUUAUGAGUUUCUUGACGAGAACUUUGUUGGAAAUCAGAAAUACCCAGACAUUUGCAGUUUAUGCCAGAAGGAAGGUCAUAGCAAAGAUCAGUGCAAGGAAGAGCAACUACUUCACUUUGAUACAACCUUACCACCAUUGGAAGAGUGUUAUAGACAAGCGCUGGAUGAGUUAUGUGCACAGAUACUAGCAAAGUGGGCAAUAACGUCAGAGGAAUUGGAGAUAAGGAAGAGAAUCGCCUCGGACAUAAAAGAAUAUAUUUUGCAGUAUUAUCCAACUGCAAAACUGGACCUCUUUGGCUCUUCUUGCAAUGGUUUUGGAUUAGUGAAGUCUGACAUUGACAUCUGUCUUACCUUCACAGACAGUGAAACUGGCAAGGAACAUGACUUUGUGAAGGUAAUAGAGGACCUGCAAGAUAAACUAAAGAAAUUUGGUGUGUUGAGCAACUUGGUUCCUAUCACAACAGCCAAAGUGCCAAUCUUGAAGUUUCACCACGCGCAGUCUAAGCUGGAGGGAGAUAUAAGCAUCUACAACAUUCUAGGACAGCAGAACACAAAGUUGCUGAGAACAUACGCAGAAAUUGAUCCUCGUUUCAAGAUGCUUGGCUACAUGCUAAAGAGAUUUGCGAAAGUUUGUGACAUGUGUGAUGCGUCACGGGGUAGUCUGUCUUCGUAUGCUUACAUCUUAAUGGUGAUAUAUUUUCUUCAGCAAUGCUAUCCUCCUGUAUUACCAGUAUUGCAAGAGCUAUCAGAAACUAAGCCGAAACCACAGAGAUUAGUAGACGACUGUGACACGUACUUCUAUGACAACUUGACAAAUUUGAAGAAACUGUGGCCUGAAUAUGGACAGAAUAUUAGCUCUGUGGGUGAGCUGUGGAUUCAGUUGCUGCGUUUCUACAGUGCAGAGUUUGAUUUUGGAACCUAUGUUAUUUCAAUAAGACAGAAGGAACGUCUUCCUCGCUUUGAGAAACUGUGGACAUCAAAGUGUAUGGCCAUUGAAGAUCCCUUUGACCUGAGUCACAACUUGGGAAUAGGUCUUUCACGAAACAUGCAUGUCUACAUCGUAAAGUCAUUCAGGAAAGGAUAUGUACACUUUGGGACAUCUCCAGCAGACGUUGCUCUGAUGACAAAAAGUCCUGAGGAAUACUACUUCAAAUCAGAGAAGCUAACAAGUGGUAAUCCACCAAAUGACAGAGGUUGCCGUAUAUGUAAGAAAAUUGGUCAUCUUUGCAAAGAUUGUCCGCAGAAAAGACAGGGUCGACAGAAGAGAACUGGACACAGGAUAGCAGGUGGAGUUGGAAGAAGGCACCCCGAGUCCUCGCCGGUAAACGGUCCAGGUAAAAUGUGGAAUUUCAACCCCAUGAACGCUUCUCCGAGAGGCUACAAUCCUCCAUAUGGGCUACCUCAUGGCCCCAUGCAUGGUGCUCAUUAUGGUCGAGGAAUGUUUCACAGCACCAGGGAGCUGCCACCAUACCGAGGGGGCUACAAUCCUGUACGUGGCAAUUUUAGAGCCCAGGAUCCAUCUGGCAUGAGAUAUGGCAUGCCUCAUGCUUCUCCACCUUUUAAACCUCAUACCUCCUCUUUGGAUAUGAGUAGAAAAAUAGGUGCAUCGGGUCUGCCCCCAUUUGGAAGAGUUCGAGGGAGUGUGGGACCAGUAUUUGGUAAUGAACAAAUUAGUCUGAUUGACAGAAAACUUCCUGUAGGUUCACAUGUUGAAUUGAGAACUGACCAGGGUUUACAAGAAUGUUAUAAAGUGGCACAUCGUUUGGGUCUGAUUAAAAACAAAAAUCUGAGUAGAGAUUUAAAUCACUUGAAGCCCAAAGGAGAGAUUCGUCAUGUGCCAAACUUGGCAAAUGACAUUGUUGUAAUGGAUUUUUUUCCACACAGUCAGAGGUAAAUUCAGUAUGAUGAAUAUAAAAUUUUGGCUUGAGCUAAAAUUGCAUGCGCUGGAAAUAUUUACGGUGGUGAACAUAGCAAUGGUAGAUUUGUCAAUACUAUGUGUACUACUGAACCAUCAGAAGGAGGUUUAUGGUAAAUUUUAAUUUGGCACCUUAUAAUCUGGAAUUUUGUGCAAAGUGACAGCACCUGAAACGGCUGCGGAUUUUUAAAAUAUGAUGGACCAUUUUUUAUCCAGUCAAAACUUUAGUAGUGAUUACAUUAACUGCUCUACUUUUAACAUUUAUGUGUCUUUCUAAAACCUUUUACUAGCCCCAUCCCACCUUCUCACAUUUUUAAAUAGGAACACAUGCCUUUUACUUUGUAUGUGUGAUUUGUGUAAUUGAUGUAGAUUUGUAACAUGCCCCUUUAAUGGACAUGAUUGUACAUUAGUGAAUAAUUGCCAAUUAUGGUAAGGAGUGAUCACUUUUUUUAGACACCUCAUAGGCAUAGAUCUCAAUCAGUAGUAUACUGUUUAUUGAGUUUGAGGUCCUUUGUUCCGUGCCAUAGUUCGUAUGACACAUUUUUCACAACCAAAAACUCUACAUGUCAAAAAAAUUUCUUUUAAGAUAUUCUUAUAAUUAUAGUUUGUAAGUGGAAUUUUAUUUGCCUACAUACUUCUGUCUCUUGAUUACAUUUUAUGUACUGACAGCUAUUGAAUGAUACUUUUUAUAAAUGUUACUUCAUUGAUUUUUUUAAAUUAAGUAGUAUCAAAAACACUAUUUUUAUGUUAUUUGUGUUUUUUGUAGGUAUAAAUACAAAACUGUUCCUGGAAACCAUUUGGUUCCCAGACAAUUCUAUAUAAAAGGACACAGAUUUUAUAGUGUGUAAUAAAAUGUAUAGCACAGCACUUAUUUGUAAUACUGUUUUCUAUGAUUAUGUCUGUCUGUCUAGAAAAGCACAUCAGACCAGCCUUAGACUACCAUGCUGGUUGAUAUAUAGACAUGCAUUAUUCAAUUAGUACAACUUCCUGAGAAAUAUCAGUGCAUUCAUCUUUUUAUUUGUGUCGUAGAUGAAUUCCUGGAAAACACCAUAUGAAUGAGCAGCUAAUUUUCCAGAUUGAGGUUAGGGAUGUAUGAGCCAAACCAAUCCAGAGAAUUUAACUCCUAGGUGAUUAACAGUUGCAGACAUUUAUUCAUAUAAGAUGUGUAUACUUCUUCUUCCUCCUCUUCCUCGGUCCUACAGCCCAGGGUGGGCUUUGGCCUCCCUGGG